AUGCGACUAGGCUCGAGAAUACAGAAAGCAAAUAUUUCAUACGCAGCACGGAAUCCUGCCAUACUGCCGAAACACCAUCCGCUAGUGGAGUUAUUAGUUCAGCACCACCAUGAAGCGAACAAUCACGUUGCAACGGCCACGACGAUUUCAGACAUCAGGGAAAGAGCUUGGGUUAUAAGCAUUCGUUCGACAGUGGCACGAGUCCAAUCAAAGUGUUUUAUGUGCAAAAGACUCAAGGCUAAGGCAGUAACACCAUUUAUGGGUCAAUUGCCUGAAGGUCGGUUAGCCUUUGAGUUGAGACCUUUUACCCAUGUAGGGGUAGACUGUUUCGGUCCCAUGCAUGUUAAAUAUGGAAGAGGCACAGUUAAACGAUUUGGGAUGAUUUUUACUUGUUUGAGUUUCCGUGCCGUCCACAUUGAGGUGCUCAAUGAUCUCUCUAUGGACCAGUGUUAUAUGGCUGUUCGUCGAUUUCUCAUCAUUCGUGUAGUCACCAAAUUCAUCUAUAGCGAUAAUGGCCUUAACUUCGUCGGCACAAAGAACCGCCUAGAUAAAGAUGUAAAGGAGAUGGAGGCUGCUCUCGGUGAGUACUGCGCCAAGUACGAAGGGAUUCUCUGGCGUUUCAUACCUGCAUAUUCACCGUGGAUGGGUGGAGCAUGGGAGCGCCUUAUUAAAUCCAUUAAAUCCAGCAUAGAGUUUACCUUAAGGGGAGUGACACCUCGAGAAGAUGUUCUUUUAAACGCGCUAUAUGAGGCACAGGGGCAGAUUAAUAGGAGGCCGCUAACUCAUAUACCCGUCGACCCGGAGGAUCCUCGACCACUUACACCAAACUCUAUACUUUUUGGAGAUGCCGAUCAGAAUUUAACCGCACCUGGAGUGUUUUCUGGCAAAGAUCAAUGGAGUAGGCUGUAUAGCCGUCGAGCGCAACACCUAAUGAGAGAAUUAACAAGGCGUUGGUACACAGAGUAUCUUCCUGAGCUGACGAGGCGUUCAAAAUGGUACACAAAAACAAAGCCAGUAGAGAUUGGAAGCAUUGUUCUUGUUAUUGAGCCGGGGGAAGUUCGAUCUGCUUGGAGGCUUGGCAGAGUGACAAACGUUUUUCCUGGUCCUGAUGGAGUUGUGCGGAUAGCUGAUGUUCGUCUGUCAAAUGGAAACAUUUUGGUGAAGAGGUCGGUUGGGAGGCUCGCUGUCUUGGAUCUGGAGUCUUCAGAUAGAGCUUCAGACGGGCCCCGGGAUGUCAUCGAGCCAUAA